ACAGUACCUGUUUAAUUUCAUGAAGUCACGGAAUGAAAUAACUUUUAAGAGAUCUACGGAAUGAACUUAGAUUUUCAAUAGGGUAUUUCUAAUAAUUAUCGGUUAUGGAGGACGUCAUGAUAACUGUGGUAUUCCAGGUAUGUAUGUAUGUACAUUGCAUUAAAAGUUGUGUUUAUUCGAUUUUCGACUAUCCAAGAUGCUGUAUAUCAUCUUACAACUUCUGCAUGUAACCAGGCUAUGUUUAGGAAGCCAAGGCUAUAUUACACUUUUGAAUGUUAAACCCAUCGAAGCAGAAAGUAACUUUGGAUUUCAAUGCUUUACACCUCUGAUGGUUCCUGGAGAAGACGUGUUGAGUUAUGGUAGAUCGUACAAAAUUGACAGUACUGACAGCCUUGUAGAUACACCUUGGCCUGUUACAGCCACGCAAACUAGAUAUAUUACAACAAAUCCACCUGUAGCUGAUAGUGGGAAUGUCGGAGUGUACUACUGCAAGUUUGUUAAUGAUGGCGUGACUACCAUCGCUCAAACAACAAAAAUAGACAGUAACGCUGUCUUGGAAUUCUCAUUAUUUUGCCUAAGAACCACAGCUCACAUGUCUCUAAACGCUUUCUCAAGUCAGAUGUUAUCGACCAAGCCUCACUUCCGUACAUUGACACAGGAUAAACGUAACAGUUCAGGACAUGUAGCCUGUCCGCUAUGCUUAAUAUGCCAUUUCUUAAGUAAGAUGUUAUCCAGUUUUGAGAAUGCAGAUUUUGCAAGUAUGAUUCUUAUUUUGAUUUCUUUCACGUAUCUGGCAUUCUCUGUGCAAGUGGAAAGAAGAAACUUUGAUUGGUUGGUUUAUCACUUUCAAUGUACACCUUGGGCUUUCCUUCUUUGAAAUAACCACACAUUCAGUCUUCUUACAAUUUAUAGAAUCCCUUCCUCUCACUCUCUCUGACCACCAAGUCCUUUGAAGAUCCUCCGCCGACUCCGCUAAUAGAACUGUAUCAUCUGCGUGUACCUAAUGUUUGUGAUAUUGUGUCAACCCACCUUUACUCUUUCUAUAUUUUCCAUUUUUCUGAGUACCGUACUCGCGCAAAUAAGUGCCCCUCUUGAAAAAGUGCCCCUCUUGAAUUAGCAGCCCGUUUGAAUAAGCGACCCCUCAAAAAGAGCCAGAAAUAUUUUAAACGCCCUGGCGCUUACUUGCGCGAGUGCAGUAUUCACUGUAAUAGUUGAAGAGAUCUGGAGACAACACACAUCCUUGUCUGACUCCUCUUUCAAUAUUUGUGUAUAGUACUCACUACUCACUCCUUCCACCCUCAUGCUUCCAAUACAAGCUCUGUAGCACUCGUAGA